UGUUUCCACAUCCGGGUGAAGGGAUGUUUACAGUCCGGAUGAUGGACAGCUAAACGUCUCGGGGUUUUUUGUUUGUUUGUUUUUAGUGAGAAAGCUGCAUUUUCAUCGCAUAUAACAGCGACUUUGGGCGGCGGGUUUGCUUCUAAUGGCAUCUCAGAUGCCCAUAACCGUCAGGGCCCCGCCGGCGGCGGCCGCCAGCGCUCUCGCUCUCCGGGGGAAGAAACGUCCCGGUAGUCCGGCGGUCUCCGCUGCUCCGCAGGCAACCGGGAGCGGCGGCAAGAAGAAGAAAGCACCGCCGACUGCUGCACCGGCAGCGCCGACACAAGUGACGAUAACAGCUGUGGAGACGGUGGCAGAGGUGAAGGCAGUGGGAUCAAUAGACAGCGGUCCAGCUACUGUCACAGAGUCCACGGCAAAGCCUCCCCCAUUCAAAGACCCCACAUUUAUGCACUCUGGGAUCGGUGGUGCAGCAGCCGGCAAAAAGAAUCGGACCUGGAAGAAUCUCAAACAGAUUCUGGCUUUGGAGCGGACUUUACCCUGGAAGCUCAACGAUCCCAACUACUACAACAUCGAUGCCCCUCCGUCCUUGAAGCCAGCCAAGAAAUACUCAGACAUCUCUGGACUCCCGGCAAACUACACAGACCCUCAGACAAAACUACGCUUCACAUCAUCUGAGGAGUUCUCCUACAUCCGCCUCCUCCCCACUGACGUCGUUACGGGCUACCUGGCUCUACGGAAGGAAACAUGCAUCGUACCCUGAUGACAGAGUCCUCAAACCUGAAACAGGUUCAAACACAGACCUGAACUCACGUCGCUGUAGGAAGCCAGAGAGGCAACCCAGGAAAGACAAACCGCUGAAAAUCAUCUGCACUGCUGUUGUUAAGAACGUCAUCUGUGUGUGACAAACUGAAUGCAACAAAUGUGAUUCUUUGGAGGGGGCUGCUUUAAUGCUUUGCUUGUGAGACGUUGCGAGCUGCUAGCUGAACGUUAUAAUGUCACAUCUUUUUUCUUUGAAGGGACAGAAAGUUAAUUCUUAGUUUUCAAGUUAAUUGAAAACACAGCAAAAGGCAAUUAUUUUGCCUAUUUGUUAAAAUGUAUUCACCAGUGUCCUGCAUGGUAUUUUCUAAUUAAGUGUUCCUACUUCCUACAAACCCUCGAGCAUGUUUGGGACGUUCAAAGUCACUGUGGAACAGACAUUUGUUUCUCAGGUACUGAAUAUAAGCAUAUCUGACGAGGAUGUUAUAUGCUCCCUUGUGGUCGAACAUCUGUUUCCAGUGGUGUGAGGCUUUACUCAAACAAUGUGAAUACCGCCAGUGUGAAUUUAAUCUGAUCGGUUUAGAGAAAAGUCUUUGGAAGGAUUUUGUCUGUUUCAGUUUGACUCUCAUUUACUUUUCUAUGUAAAGGUACAUAUUAAACAUUAAUGGAAUUUUCAAUGUGUCCCUUUUACAUUUGUGCUUUUUCAAAUAAAUAUAUAUUUCAUUCAGA